AUGAUCCCUUUCAGCACAAACCGAGAACAACGGAGUGAUUCCCCUAGGCGUCUCGUCCUAUGCUUCGAUGGUACUGGGAAUAGUUUUCAGGCAAAUGAGUCGGAUACAAAUGUCGUUAAAAUUUAUGACAUGUUGAAUCGCUUUGACAAGAACCAGUUUCAUUACUAUCAGCCUGGGAUUGGGACGUUUGACGCGGGUUCCAAUGGCUCUGGAACAACCUUUAUAGAUCGAGUAAGAGCUAGCAUCGGAUCAAUGAUGGAUCAAGCAAUUGGUACCACCUUCGAAUACCACGUCUCCGCUGGUUACAAGUUCCUAAUGAGAUUUUACUCACCGGGUGAUGCAAUAUAUAUCUUCGGAUUCUCCCGUGGAGCAUACACCGCACGGUUCCUGGCGGAGAUGAUCAACGUCAUUGGUCUGUUGUCCCAGGGAAACGAAGACAUGAUUCGCUUUGCUUUCCAAUCAUUCAGUGAGCUUCAACGGAACAGAGGCAAGCUGAACAAGAGCGCUAAAGAGCUCGAACAUGAGCAAUACUUGGGGCAAUUUAAGAGAACGUUUUGUCGUCGCCAUGUCAAAGUGUAUUUCCUUGGCCUUUUUGACUGUGUAAACAGCGUUGGCCAAUUUGACGUUCCUUUCCGACGACAGUCAUAUCGCUACAUUGCCACGCCACCGGCGGUUCACAUCCGCCAUGCAGUUUCCAUCCAUGAACGCCGACUCAAGUUCAAGCCCGCCCUCUUCCUUUUCGAAAAGGACCAUAAAGACUCCGACAUCCAAGAAGUAUGGUUUGCGGGUAAUCACUGUGAUGUUGGCGGAGGAUUCCACUAUGAAGGCCCCGGCAAGCAUCUUCUGUCCGAUAUCCCGUUGGCCUGGAUGAUUGAUCAGGUCAAUGCGCUCGAAGACCAACCCGCCGGCAAGUUAGCAUUUGACCAGGAGACUAUUAAACAAAGAGGCCAUAUGAGAGCCGGGCAUAUGCCAGUGUUAUUGCCUACUCAUGGGAGUCCCUCACACACUCCACGUGAAUCAGUACUCAAAGAACGGCGGCCGCACGAUUUCCUCGCUUUUGACCGUGGAGUUACACGUUUUGCAACGUUAAUGUGGUGGAUCCUAGAAAUCCUCCCCCUCUUCACUCGUCUGGAACUUGAGCACGGAGAGUGGAUCCCGCGCUACUGGCCCCCAAACCUCGGGGCCACCCGUGACAUACCUAAAGACGCCAAAAUUCACUCUUCCGUUGUGCAGAUGUAUAAAUCCGGCGUUUUAACCGAAAUGCCUAGACUUGGUGGUGACCUACCACCUUUUCUAGAAGAUCCCAUAUUGCUGAUAAAAAUGUUACCUUUGCUACUCAUGAAAACGGCGCCUUUGCUGCUCUUACAAAUGUUGAUGCCGUGGAACUGGACUCUCCGCUGGAUGAUGCGAAAAAAUAUCCCACCGAAGGCCCAAGAGGUUAUGAAGAAGAAGAUCACCAAAGUGGUGGAAUCACACGGCGCGAGAUCAUGGUACUGGACAUACUGA